CCUCCACCACCUUCUUUAAGCACUCUUCCACUUACUUCCUCUUUCUGCACCCUUACUUCUCCAUCUUCUUCUUCCAGCAUUCCUCCUUGUACCUCUUCUUAUAUGGCACUUCUUUCUUCCGACACUUCUUCCUGCAGUUUUCCUCAACCACCAACUUCUUUAUCCACUUUUUCUCCUACCUCUACUUUAUACACUCCUUCUCCUCCAUCUUCAUCCUCCACCCUUAUUCCUCCUACGUCAUCUUUUAUCCCUCUUCUCACCCCUACAUCUUCUCCCAACCUUUAUCCUCAUCCAUUCUCUUUUCCCAACUACCCUCCUCCUGCCUCCACCUUCUGCACUCUUCCUUUUACUUCUUCUUCUUCCAACAUUCCUCCUUCUACCUCCUCUUACAUCACCCUUCUUCCUCCUACCUCCUCCUCCUUCACUCUUCCUUCUUCACCACCUUUUGCCACUCCUCCUACCACAUCUUUACCCAUCUUUUCUCUUACCUCUCCGAGCAUGCCUGCUACCUCCCCACUUUCUACUGUAACUACAGCUACCACAUUUACCACCAAAGAUUCAGACAAUUCUUCCACAGAAAAUCCACAAACAAAAGGCAAACAACGAAAAUGGAUGUAUAAACAAAUAGAAUGCCAAGUACACCCCAGUCUCCAAACUUUUCCAUACGACAAGAUUUUAAGGAGGAGGACAACAAAAGACGGUGUUGAGGAAGUCAAAGUUAAAUGGAAGCCUUGCUCAGGAUGUGGUAUGAAAUGGGCGGACACCUGGGAGCCAUACAGCCAUACAUUCGCAGAGUAAGGAUCCAUGUUCCAUGUUUAUGGGGUUGCAUUAAGGACCUGUUGCCUGGACCUGUUGCCUGUCCUUAAAACCCAU